AUGCUUAAACGAGAGAGUAACGAUGGACAAUUUACAGCAUCAAAGUUAUUACAAAGUGCAUAUGAGUCUUCCAAACAUGAUUUGAAAGUUGCAGAUUUCAAAAUCACAGAUUUGGAAGAACUUCACUAUAUGCAACGUCGUAAAAGAACAGAGUUCGAGAAUGCAAUCCGUCGAAAUAGGUUUAAUUUUGGACAAUGGAUGCGAUAUGCUCAAUUUGAGAUUGACCAAAAGGAUUAUGCGAGAGCAAGAUCGGUGUUUGAGCGUGCAAUAGAAGUCGAUUACAAAAAUGUUCCACUCUGGAUAAGAUAUAUUCAAUCGGAGAUUAAGUUAAAAAACAUUAAUCAUGCACGUAAUUUGCUUGAACGUGCUAUCAAGUUGCUUCCCCGGAUAGACAAGUUUUGGUAUCUGUACGUCACUAUAGAGGAGAGUAUAGGUAACGUUACAGCUGUUUCACAUAUAUUUGAUAAAUGGCUGAACUGGAAACCUAAUAAGGACGUGUGGCUACAUUAUCUAGAGUUCGAGGAAAGAUAUGAAGAAUACGAAGAAGAAAGAUUGAUAUUUGAGAAAUUUGUUAAAGAGUUCAAUGAUUCUGACUCUUGGCUCAGGUGGGUACAAUUUGAGAAAACCCAUGGUGAUGAGAUCAAUGUUGGUAAUGUAUUCAAGCUGGGAGUUAAAUCACUGCAUUCUGUCAAUCGGUUAGAUUCUCAGUUUCUUAUAAGUUGGAUCAGAUUUCAAUAUUCAUUGAAACAGGCUGAUAACGUAAAACAGUUGUAUGAGUUUGGUUAUGAUGCAUUAAAUAGAGAAGAAGCAAACAAGUUACAAAAAUUUGAAACCGAUUUCCAAAAAAAGUAUGGUCUAGAUAGUGCAAGUCUUGACCAACUUGUGUUGUUAAAGAGAAAAGUUACGUAUGAAGAAAAAUUAGAGCAGGACAAGCAAGAUUGGUCUACUUGGUGGUUGUAUCUGUCUCUUUUAAUAGACACUUUGAAAGUCCCAAAUGAUGAAGUUAUUGAAAAAUUCAAAGUCUGUAUGUCUACACAACCACAAAGCUUUAAGGUAAGCGAAUGGUGCGGAUAUUGGUACAUAUGCAAGCGAUAUUUACUAUUUGUGGAGUUUGAGGUUGGUUCUGUUGAUGAUAGUCGUUCCAUCUAUUCUGAAUUGAUAAAGACUAUACCACAUAAAAACAUGUUUCUGUUUGACUUCUGGAAAAACAUUGCUGAAUUUGAACUUAGAAAUGGUGAUUUGGCUCAUAUGAGGAAAGUUUUAGGUCAAGGUAUUGGUUUCACCGAAAAUGAAGAGAUCAUCAAAUACUACAUAUCAAUCGAGCUACGAUUAAAAUAUUUUGACAGAGCAAGGAAAUUGUACAAUAAACUGAUUGAACUUUUUCCCGAUAAGUAUAAAAAUUGGAUAGAAUAUUUUGAUUUUGAAGAAAGUCUAGGUAAUGAACUACGAAGUUUUUCAAUUUUAGAAGUUGCAGUAUUUGAGAACUUUUUGGAUAAUAAGGCCAAACUUAAAUUAAUCAGAAACACAAUCGAUAAAGUGACAGAGAAUUAUAAUUUCAGACUUGCGAGGCGCCUCUUGGAUUAUAAGGUAACCAUUGGGAACGUGAAUGCUAAAAUCGAACGAAGUCUGCUUGAACUGAAAAUCCCAAGUGAGGAUCAAAUAAGGGAAUAUGGAAGUAAUGCGGAGGUGGAAUUUACAAUUGACGAGAGUGUUAAAAACAGGGUCAGAAAAGAGUAUGAACGGUUUUUGAGUGGGCUGAAGGAAAAUGCACAUGAUCGGAUAGUUAUGCUUGAAUCUCUCAAAAGGUUCGAACAGGAAUAUGGCGACGAGGAGAAAGUGAAGCAAGUUGAAGCCAGACUUCCAAGGAUAAUCAGAAGAGUCAAAGACGGUGAAGAUUGCAAGGAAGAGAUCAUAGAGUAUAUUUUCCCAGAAGAUGAGAAUGAAAUUCAACAGCAAGUCGAGGAGUUUAAAAAUGCAUUUUUACAAGACGAACAAGAAGAUGAAGAAGAAGUAGAUGAAGGAGGCAGAAAGGACGACGUCGAAGAUGGGGACGAAGACGAAGAUGAAGAAGGAGGAGAAAGAGAUGAAGAAGAGAAUCAAAGCCGAAUAGAAAGAAGGGAAACGAAAGAGAGAAAGUCCUUCAGAUCCCGUUUUGAAUCCAGUUCUGAAGAUGAAGCAUGA